ACACGCACCCGAUACUUUUGUGGGAGCAACUGUUUGAAGCCGGGAAAAAAAAGGUUUGGGGAUUUCUUGCAGGCGAAGCGUGAGGGGGGUGAGGGAAGAAGAAGGGGAGAAGAGGGAGGAGCAUGGCUGAGCACAAGGAGGAGCAGUCGGUGAUGGAGAAGCUCUCCGAGAAGCUGCACGGCGACUCCUCGUCGUCUUCCUCGGACUCGGACGACGAGAAGAAGGGGUCGUCGUCGUCGUCGUCCGCGGCGGCCGUGAAGGCCAAGAUCUACCGCCUCUUCGGCCGCGAGAGGCCCGUCCACUCCGUCCUCGGUGGCGGCAAGCCUGCUGAUCUCGUGCUAUGGAGGAACAAGAAGAUCUCCGGUGGCGUCCUCGCUGGAGCCACGGCCAUCUGGCUACUCUUCGAGGUCAUGGAGUAUCAUCUCCUCACCUUGGUGUGUCACUGCCUCAUUCUCUCUCUGGCCGUCCUCUUCCUCUGGUCCAAUGCCUCCACUUUCAUCAACAAGUCCCCUCCGAACAUUCCUGAGGUGAAAAUUCCAGAGGAUUUGACUGUGAACAUUGCCCUCUCGCUGAGAUAUGAGAUCAAUAGAGGGUUUGCUACCUUGAGGGAGAUUGGCCAUGGCCGUGAGCUGAAGAAGUUCUUAAUUGUGAUUGCUGGGCUCUGGAUUCUUUCGGUUCUUGGGAGCAGCUGCAACUUUUUGACUUUGUUCUAUAUAGUCUUUGUGGCACUGUACACUGUGCCAGUUCUGUAUGAGAAGUAUGAGGACAAGGUUGAUGCUUUGGGCGAGAAGGCUGAGAUUGAAUUGAAGAAGUACUAUGCCCUCUUUGAAGAGAAAUGCCUGUCGAAGAUUCCAAAGGGUCCUUUGAAAGAUAAGAAGCACUAGAUUAGUAGAAGGUACUGCAAUGAAUUAGUAGCACCUGUGUUAAUACACUGCUACCCACCUUCCAUUUUGGAGGACGGUUAUGAGUCCUUGUGUGUGUGUGUCUAGUUGAUAAUACAUGCCUGCAUGAGCAGUUCUAGGCUUCUAGCAUGGCUGAUAGUUGUUAUGUGGUGGCUGAUAGUUGUGGCGUGCAAUCUUUUGUGGAGUUGAGCCAUGCCAGCUGAAAACUGUUGAUCUUUUUCCCUCUUCCAUUUUCAACUUUCAGCAUAGUUACUCUAUCUGGAAGAAGUAUUAUGGUACUAUCGAUGCCCCAAGUUAACUUAUGAUAUAUUGUUUCAUGGCUUU